AGCAUGUCUGACGUGGAAGCCCUCCUGUUGCACACUCAUUAACCCCUCUUGCUCCUGAAUCCAGCAGCGGAGGGCUGAACACGCCUCUGUGGGAUCAGGAGGAGGAGGAGGGGGGGAUGUGACGCUGCUGCUGGUACAUAACACCAGCACGCACUGUCUGCUGCGACAGGCAAUCACUUUCUCAUUCACUUUUACAUCCCGGGGAGCCACCAACGACGACCUUUGUACACCGAGCAUGGCAGAUUACCUAAUCAGCGGUGGCACAGGCUAUGUCCCUGAAGACGGACUCUCAGCCCAGCAGCUCUUCUCAAUUGGAGACGGCCUCACGUACAACAGAUCUGACCAACAGUGCGUUGUCUCCGAUGGUCAUACGGCUGAAGAGCUAUGCUCUAAAGGAGAUGGGUUGACUUACAAUGACUUCCUGAUUUUACCUGGCUUCAUCGACUUCACCUCAGAUGAAGUGGAUCUGACAUCAGCGUUGACCAGGAAGAUCACAUUGAAGACCCCUCUCAUCUCCUCCCCCAUGGACACGGUGACAGAGUCGGCCAUGGCGAUCGCUAUGGCACUAAUGGGAGGCAUCGGCAUCAUUCACCACAACUGCACACCAGAAUUCCAGGCCAAUGAGGUCCGCAAGGUCAAGGUUAUGAGGUUUGAGCAGGGCUUUAUCACAGACCCAGUUGUGAUGAGUCCGCGCCACACGGUCGGCGAUGUGGCUGAGGCCAAAGUAAGACACGGCUUCUCUGGCAUUCCUGUCACGGAGACGGGCAAAAUGGGCAGCAAGCUCGUGGGCAUCGUCACCUCCAGAGAUAUCGACUUCCUCUCUGAGAAGGACCACGAUAAACUUCUAGAGGAGGCCAUGACAAAGAGAGAGGACUUAGUAGUGGCUCCAGCUGGUGUUACGCUGAAAGAAGCCAACGAUAUUCUGCAGCGCAGUAAAAAAGGCAAGCUUCCCAUUGUAAAUAAUAACGACGAGCUGGUGGCCAUUAUUGCCAGGACAGAUCUGAAGAAGAACAGGGACUACCCGCUGGCCUCCAAAGACUCACGCAAACAGCUGCUGUGUGGCGCCGCCAUCGGCACCAGGGAGGACGACAAAUACAGACUGGACCUUUUAGUGCAGGCUGGAGUCGACGUCGUUGUACUGGACUCUUCACAAGGCAACUCUGUGUAUCAGAUCAACAUGAUAAAUUAUAUUAAACAGAAAUAUCCGGAACUGCAAGUGGCAGGAGGAAAUGUGGUUACAGCAGCCCAGGCUAAGAAUCUGAUCGACGCUGGUGUCGACGCUCUGAGAGUCGGCAUGGGCUGUGGCUCCAUUUGCAUCACGCAGGAAGUCAUGGCGUGUGGGCGGCCCCAGGGGACCUCAGUGUACAAGGUAGCAGAGUACGCCAGGCGCUUCGGUGUGCCAGUCAUCGCUGACGGUGGCAUUCAGACUGUGGGCCAUGUGGUGAAGGCCUUGUCUCUUGGAGCGUCGACUGUUAUGAUGGGCUCCUUGCUCGCAGCAACCACCGAGGCUCCAGGAGAGUAUUUCUUCUCAGAUGGCGUGCGGCUGAAAAAGUACCGCGGUAUGGGCUCACUGGACGCUAUGGAGAAGAGCACCAGCAGCCAGAAACGCUACUUUAGUGAGGGCGACAAGGUGAAGGUAGCCCAGGGUGUGUCGGGCUCGGUCCAGGACAAAGGCUCCAUCCACAAGUUUGUACCCUACCUGAUAGCUGGUAUCCAGCAUGGCUGCCAGGACAUCGGGGCAAAGAGCCUGUCUGUUCUCCGAUCUAUGAUGUACUCUGGAGAGCUUAAGUUUGAAAAGAGGACCAUGUCUGCACAGGUGGAGGGAGGAGUUCAUGGACUCCACUCUUACGAGAAGCGGCUGUACUGAACGCCGGGAUAAGAGUGCGGCCCAGCCGUGCACGUGACAAACCCAAUCCAACAGUGACCAAAUGUUAAAAAAUCGCCACUUCUGCUCAAACACGCACCGCCCACUACACCCUCUCUUCCCUCCCUCUGCAUCGUACCCACCGUUACACACUCUCCAAUCCAAGCCAGCUGCUUCGGGAGGAAAGGGGCAACGUAGCGAAGUGACACCUGAACACAUGGGAUAUUUUGCACUCAAGAAGCGGCGCAUCAGGGUUUUCAGAAACGACAUGCACACCUGUAUGUAUGUAGUAUGCAGGCGAUCCCAAUUACUGCGUGUGUGUGUUGAUAGUAGUGAGAGAAUGAGCUGCGUGAGUGUUGGGUGAAGUGUGUGUUUGUGUGUGUGUGUGUGUGAUUGUGUGAAAACAAUGUGUGUCAGGACAGACAAAGUGAAGGUGCACUGUGUUAAUGUGUCCUGUUAAUAUGAAGUCUAAAAAAAAACAGCCAUGGUGCAGAUCCCCAUCAGCAUCUUUUUUUGGGAUCCACGCUUACCAGCACUCGCCUCGUCAGAAGCCUCUCACACCCCAGUUCUCAAACACACUAGAGCAGAACGCAAGACGCAACACUUGUCUGUCUUUGUGCAGUGUGUCGGUAUAUCGUGGCAAUCUUACUAUGUUUGCAUUUCUUUUCUUUUUUUUUUUUUUUUGUUAUUCAUCACAAGUCAAAGCUACUUGACGAACAGUAGCUGCUUAUAUUUCAAGCGCCUAAUUGUUUACUUCCUGUGUUACGGAUCCUGAGGUACGAGAUACUGGCCACAGUGAAUAUUAUGUAGUCGAUUUCGUAUCCUCGCAAUCAGUUGACUGAACCCCGCAGUCAUUGCCACUGUGGACAUUUAUCUUCCCUUCAAAUACUUCCUGAGCCAAAUAAUCAGUGUCCCGUCUCAGUGCAUAAUCAUAUGUCGAGCAUGGAGGGGACCAAAAAGUGAAGAGUCAGGUAUGAAGAAAAAAAUCAAAUCAAUUAAAAAUGAGUUCGUAGUGAGAAGACGUUCUCUCCGCCCGUCAUUUGAAUACUUUUAGAUAAACACUUUAUAUUAAACCUGUAUAGUCUCGAGGGCGUCAAAUUUGAGCAUGAAGCGUUUUUUGAUAUGCAUGUUUGUUUUUUCACUAAGCCAAACAUGGCUAUAUUUAUAUUCUGCUUUAUUGUAAUUGCAUACAUACUGCCAAGUGUAUUUACACUUCCUCUGACACUUCUCUUCUUUUGUAACCUCAAAAACCAAAAUUGGUGCAACAAGAUGCUUGUUACCUUGUUGUGUUUUCAUUCCUGGGUUCCCACAAUGUGGCAUAAGUUCUCUAUGACAGGUUCAUUUUUCCUUAUGUUUUUCUUUUUUACCAGAGAUAUGCCUUGAAAUGAGGGUGGAUAUAAAGGCUGCACAGCUCAGUGAAAACACGUAAUGCUUACACACCUUCUCGCCUCCUUUUUCUUACUUUGAAGCAGUGUCGCUGUGUUUGUUAUCAUUCAGCUUGUGUAGGGCUAGGCUUUUCUAACACUUUCAUACUGGAUGUCCUUCUUUUCCAGAUGUAAUUUUUUUUUUCUGAAACUUUCUUUUUUUUCGUUCAAGGUUGAGUUACUUUCUCUUAACGUGCUGAUGUACUUUACCCUGCACAGGGUUCACUUGACUAACAAAAGCCUUGCAACUGGACAAAAUUGCAAGAGGAUGUACAUGGAAAAACUAUAUGGAGAAACAUAUACCUAUAUUGAGUUGAAAGUGAUGGCUGCUUGUUAUUGUUUCACAUCUAAAGAGAAGCUUCAGGUCUAUUAAAUGUCUAAUUUGUCAAGUACUGAGUCCUGUUGGUCCAUCUAAAAAGAACCAAUAUAGUGUUAAGUGAGUUACUAGGUUUACAGUUGUUGUUUUUAGUGUUGCAUUUUUUUUUUAUGAUGUUUUCACCUUCAAUCAAUUGCAAUAUGUUGCCAGAACACACUGAUAACUUCUGCAACCAGCAACCAAACCAAUAAGCUUUUUAGAUGGAUUGAAACGACUCAGCAAUCAAUAAAUCCAUGUGGAUUUUUUUUGAAGAAUAUCACUUCUGAAUAUGUUUACAGUAAAAACACUCAACAGAGUAAGUUGCUUUUGCUGUUCAGUAUGGUAAAGAAAAAUACAAAUAAAAAACCUUAAAACUGUA